AUGAAGACCUAUUUAGUAUUUUUAUUAACAAUAAUACUUGGAACCUCAGCUAUAAAACAAACAUUUGAAGGUUAUAAAGUUUACAAAAUCAUUCCUAGGACUCAAGAUGAGGUGAAUGUUGUAAAAGAUUUACAAACAAAGGGAAUCGGGCAACUAUGGGACGAUCAAGUAAAUAUUAAUUAUGAAGUGAGAAUAAUGGUACCACCACAUAAAGAUGAUGAAUUUAAAAACGAGUUGGUUCGUGGUUAUAUAGGCGCUGAAGAGUUGAUCAGUGACAUGCAAAGACUUAUAGGUGAUCAGUUACAACCAGUGAAAAGAAACUCGAGAAAUAGUGAAGCAUUUCUAGGCAUGACGUGGGACAAAUACCACACUCUAGACGAAAUUUACAAAUGGCUUGAUGAUCUAGCCGCUACUUAUCCAAAUAUAGUCAAAACAGUAGUAAUGGGCAGAUCGUUUGAGAAUCGAGAGAUUAAAGGUAUUAUAAUCAAUUACAAGCCAGACAAAACAGAUAAAGUAAUUGGUAUGUUAGAAGGUACACUGCAUGCAAGAGAGUGGAUAUCACCGGCUACAGUUAGUUGGAUUGUUAAAGAAUUUUUAACUAGUAAUGAUCCAGCUGUAAGAAGUAUAGCAGAAGAUAUAGAAUGGCACGUGUUUCCUGUAGUAAAUCCUGAUGGAUAUGUUUAUACGUUUACUGAUAACAGAAUGUGGAGGAAAAAUCGUGGAACAAGAAACUUUACAUCCUGUGCUGCAUCUGGCUUACUUGAUGAUGCAAGCAAUGGCGUUGAUUUGAACAGAAAUUUUGAUUUCGUUUGGAUGUCAAUGGGAGCAUCGUCUAAUCCCUGUUUAAAUACUUUCGCGGGAUUAGCUCCAGCAUCAGAACCUGAAACAGUGGCUAUUGUGAAUUAUGUCAAGAAUAUAAAUAGUCAAGGAAAAUUUAUAUAUUAUUAUUCCUUCCAUUCUUACACUCAACUGAUAGUUGUACCGUACAGCAAUGUAACUGGCAUGGACGUUCUGAAGGCAGAUAAUUAUGGUGAUAUGUUUGAAAUAGCAGCCAGAGGUGCGGCCAAGUUGAGACAGCGUUUCGGCACUAUUUAUAGAUAUGGAACCGCGCAUGAUACUCUUUACGUAAUGAGCGGGACCAGCUUUGACUGGGUGAAACAGGAGACCAAUAUACCUGUUAGCUAUCUUAUUGAGUUAAGGGAUUUAGGAGAAUACGGCUUCCUGUUACCACCUGAACAAAUCAUACCUAACAAUUUGGAAAUUAUGGAUGCCCUAGUGGAAAUGGAUAGGGUGACGCGCCAGAUGGGUUAUUAUUCUGGGACAGUCCCAGUCAUUUGCACGUUGAGUGUGGUCACUUUGUGCGCUCUUGUGUCGCUUCUGAUGUGAUUAAAUGAGAUGAAUUCAA